AUGCUUUCACAGAUAAAUGCACUCUCCCUUUCUCCAGUCAAAGUCUUCAGUAUUUUGAUUUUCCAUCUUCUAAUACACUUAAAUCGAGCGGAUUCUCAGGUGGUUGGUCCACAUCAACCAGUAGUUGCAUUAGUUGAUGAUGAUGUUAUUUUACCAUGUCACGUGGAGCCUGCAGAGGAUGUGACAGCUGAGAUAUUGGAGUGGACAAGAUCUGACUUGAACCCAAGAUUUGUCCAUGUGUGGCGAUCCGGUCAGGAUCUGGUGAAUACAAGAAAUCCUUCAUACAGGGGAAGAGCAUCACUGUUCAUCAAUGAACUGAAGCGUGGAAACAUUUCACUGAAACUCUCCAGAGUCAAACUCUCUGAUGGAGGAACAUAUGAAUGCAGCAUUCCUUUAAUGGAGAAAAAAUCUUUUGUUAAGCUUGUGGUUGAUGCUGCCACCUCACCUGUCAUCAGUUUAUCAGGGAUUGACAAAAACAGAGGGGGAGUGGUGUUACAGUGUGAGUCUGCAGGCUGGUAUCCAGAGCCUGAGCUGCUGUGGUUGGACGGUGAGGGAAACCUCCUCUCUGCUGGACCUACAGAGACCCUCAGAGGUCCUGAUGACCUCUAUACUGUCAGCAGCAGAGUGACUGUGGAGAAGAGACACAGCAACAACAUCACCUGCAGAGUCCAACAGAGGAACACCAACCAGAGCAGAGAGACACACAUACAUGUUCCAGAAGAUUUCUUUGAGAUCCCGUCCAGUGCUUCUGCUGUCAUCAUCGGUUUGGCUGUUAGUUUGGCUCUUUGCAUCCUCCUGUUAAUUUUAUCAGCUACGAUCAAAUCUGAGACGGCUGAAUUCAUUAAGAAGCUGAUGGAAAUAUUUCCUACACUGGACUCAAAGUGGAAGAAGAAAGAUAAAAUCAACAAUCAGCUCCAGCAGUUGAAAGUAGCAGCAGAGAAACUGAAGAAUCAGCUGCAGUCCAAAAAUCAGCAGAUGAUCAAAUCUGAGAUGGAGCUGGAUGAAUUCAUUCAGAAGGUGCUGCAGAAAUUUCCUACACUGGAAUCAAAGGUCAGUGAAAGCAUCUCUCAGCACACAGAGUGGAAGAAGAAUACUGACAACAGCAAAAAGCUCCAGGAUGUGAAACAAGCAGCAGAGAACCUGAAGGCUGAGCUGGAGUCCAGAAGUCGCGCCGAGUGCCCGCCCUCAGGCGCCAAGUGCCCGCCCCCAGGCUCCAGCUGCAGCUCAGAGCUGAGAGAAGGGCAGGCGAGACAAGUCAGCCGUGUGGAACUAUUUCAAAGUGAACGAAGACGCGAAAACAAAGGCGGACUGCAAAUUGUGCUCAGCGAAAUUGUCCAGAGGAGGCUCAAAAGCCUACUCCCGCCUCAAGGACAUUCAGGGACAGCUCAACCAGCCAAUAAAGAGACUGCAGCAGGACGUACAGACGCGCUGGGCACGUAUUACAUGCUCCAGUCCCUCAUUGAGCAAAAACGAGUGCUGAGCGUGUCCAAGCAUGAACUCCCUGACUAUCUCACCGCUCACCAAUGA